UGCCUAGCAAGCAUAAGUUAGUUGGGAAGGCCAUUUUGGAGAGAAAUACUGUUGCUGUGGGGUGCAAGGUAAGAGCUCUGCACAAAAUUAGAAAAAGACCCUUUUCAUUAGUGCACAUCCUUCUUACCCCUCUUCAUUCAUUCUUCAUCAUAGUUGCCAUUGUUCCUCAUAUUUUAUAUUUUUUGUUGAGAGUGUGAGAGAGAGAUGGGGAAUUGCCAGGCUGUGGAUGCUGCAGCUCUUGUGAUCCAACACCCAUCUGGGAAGAUAGAGAGGUUGUACUGGUCAGUGAGUGCAAGUGAGGUUAUGAGGGCUAAUCCAGGCCAUUAUGUAUCUUUGAUCAUACCAUUGGCUGUGCCUCAAGGCCAGAAUCAGGAGCAGAAGACAGUGCUUUUCACACGUGUCAAACUGCUCAGGCCUAAUGAGACUCUCACUCUUGGCCAUGCUUACAGGCUGGUCACUACUCAAGAUGUUGUGAAGGCAGUGAAAGCCAAGAAACAUGCAAAGAUGAGGAAGCCUCAGGUGAAGACAGUGGAGAGUAUGCAAAUAGAGCGCCUGGAAAAGGAAAGUUCAGAUAGUGAGACUGGAGGGAUGUUUGAUACAGGAAAUAUAUAUCAGGCAACGAGGGCAGACAGAUACAGGCUAAUGAAUUCCACACAUGCUGCACUGAAGCUGAAAUCGUGGCGUCCCUCUUUGCAGAGCAUCUCAGAGUCUAGCAGUUGAGUAGUGCUGGGUUGUGACAUGUAAGGUGUCUCAGAACAUUGCUUGAUUGCCUCUUUCAUGUGUGAUGCUCCUCCUAGUUGAAUACCUGAUAUAUUGGGAAAAGAUGUUUGGCAAAGGAGCUGUUUGGAUAAGCUUCUCAAGAAACAUUUCUAGAAGAGAAAAAUAAGAAGAAAAAUCAAAAUAAGUUUUUUCAUAAACUAAAAUUAGCUUAAACACGAGUUAAAAAUAAGAUUUUGGAGUAGUUAAGAAAGAGUUUCUACAAAAUAACUUAUGUUUGAGCUAAUUUUAACUUAUGAAGAAAUUUAUUUCAUUUUCCUCUCUUAAUUUGUUUUUUUAAAAGUGUUUCUGAAGAAGUUUAUUCAAACAGAUCCAAAGGUUUGAAUUACAAAAUCCUCUUUCAUCACCAAUCACGCCCUCAACUAAAUAACCAUCUUCCAGGGGCAACAAGAUUGUAUAGCACCGAGAACAAGAAAAUAAAUAAAUACUGAAUGUCAAAAUCUA